CGUCUAUUCUGUUACGCGUAGGAACAUCACUGACGUGUCCCUGCUCGAGGAUCGGCUCGUCGGGCUACGUACGUGCGUGCAAUUCGUCGACUGUGCUCGCCUCGCUCCGAUAAUCCUCGUCUCCCCGCGCGCAUCGAAUUAUAUUAGCCGGGGCAAUAUCGCCAGUCAUUCGGCUUUACGAGCGAGCGGAACGUCCCGUGCGACGCGCCGUCGAUCGUCUUGUCAGUGGUGCAAGCAGGAGUGAGCGAGAGCCCCAACGCCCCGAGCUUUCCGAGUCCGCCAGCGCGAGUCCGAGCGACGGCCAAAAUUAUGGCAACGGCCAACCUGAACGCAUUCUUCAAUUCAUUCAGCAGCACGCUAAAUGCGCCGGUCAGGCAACACCUGAAGAAUGUCUACUGUUGCCUGUCCCUGUCCACCGUGUCGGCGGCCGUCGGGGCCUACGUGCACAUGUACACGCAGUUCCUGCAGGCCAAUCUGCUGACGACCCUCGGCACCCUGGGCCUCCUCAUCGCGCUGAUGACAACGCCCGACAAUGGCAAAAAUCAGAAUCUGCGUCUCGGCUACCUCCUGGGUUUCGCAUUCCUGUCCGGUCUUGGUUUGGGGCCCCUGCUCGAAUUGGUUGUCAGCAUAGACCCGAGUAUUGUGGUGACGGCGCUAGUCGGUACAACGGUCAUCUUCGUUUCCUUUAGCAUUUCCGCACUCUUGGCCGCACGCGGCCGUUGGCUGUAUCUCGGUGGCACCUUGAUGAGCAUGCUGAACGUCAUGAUCCUGUUCUCCCUCGCCAAUCUGUUCCUGCGCUCGACCCUCAUCUACCAGGCGCACCUGUACGUGGGCUUUUUCGUAAUUUGCGGCUUCGUUAUUUACGACACGCAACUGAUCGUCGAGAAGUUCCACAUGGGCAGCAGGGACUUCAUCAUGCACUCCUUGGAUCUGUUCAUCGACUUCGUAGGCGUUUUCCGACACCUCCUUGUGAUACUUACGCAAAAGGAACUGUCCAAGGACUCACGCAAGCGUAAGGAUUGAGCGAGCAUAAACAAGACGGGUAAUUGCGGUGCGUUCAAGUAAAUCCAUAAACUAGAGGUCUUCAUGUAAUCUAUCCAUACCUAGGUAUAUCUGUGUACAUAUACAUACCGG